UCAAACAAACACUUGAGCUGCUGGUUUGGAGGAGGAGGAGGAGGUGGUUUGUUUGGCUGUCAGGGGGAGCUGAUGUGAGCGCGCGUAUAAAGCAGCGCACACGGAGAUGCGCCACUUUAACCCACGGCUCUGCCCUCCGGACUCGCCCAUCCUGAAUCCUUAGGUCGGGAAGUUGAGGUGAUGCCGCUGCGGAGACUCCCUGCAAACGAUCCUCCCGAGGACCCGUCUCUGUUUUCUUUUACUUCUCGUUUUUGACACCCCUCCUCCUGAACUUGGAUGGCUUGCGCGCCUCGUCCUGCGCUCUUCCUCGCAACCGCGGAGAGAUGUAAGCUUCUGGCCGUCCACCGCCCUCACACUGCGCGGAGCAGCGGCGUGAUUCCGGUCCAUAUCUGAGAUAGCUACAGGGAGAGAGAGAGAGAGAGAGGCAGAGAGAGAAGAGAGAUAGGAGGCUUGAAAAAGAGGAAAAAAACUACUUUGGAGAUGUGAAUGAUCGAGGUUUUGCUGCUCAUCCCACCAGCUCGCCUGUCCUAUGCGAUCGACAGCGGGAUGUGAAGAGGAAAAUGAUUGGGGCAUAAACUAUCGCCUGUCACAGCUACAGCCGCUGAAGUGGAAAGGGUGGAUGGUGAUUUCGCAAACACUUCAAGCCUAUGUAUACCUCUGCAUUCAUUUGCUGGAAACCCUUCCUAGUAUAUCAGGAGGAAUGCUGCUCCGGGAUCUGAUGCCAUUUACUUUAAGUUUUUGGCCUUUUUUCAUCGCUCACUGCCUCCUUUCACAGCUUUUACUCUCAUGCAAGGGAGAGCUCCAGAGGUCAUGCUCGCGGACUGUGGCGGAGAAAGUUGGCGAACAGUGCCAGGUGGCGUGUCACUGUAGGAGAUACCCUCCCCUCCCUCCACCGCCUCCUCCACCACCUCCCCCUCGGCUUCUGGGAACCACAGUGGCAGAGCCAAUGGUGCCGCUGUUGAGGCCCUGGUGGAUGGAAGUGGACGCUGUAGUGCUUGGGACAGUGAGCUGUGCCUCAGUUAUCUUCCUUCUUUCUGCCAUCAUCAUCUGCUACAAGGCUAUCAAAAGGAAACCACUGCGAAAGGAGGAGAAUGGGACGAGUCGUGGUGAAUAUGCCAUGAGCAUCCGCAACAAGAAGGUCAUUGGUACCAACAACACUGUGGUAUAGACUUUCUCCUUGUCCAGGAAGUAACUCACCAACAUGUCUCCAUUAUGUUUCCUGAAGACAACCCACCCUUUCUGACCUUUAGUGCAACAUGGGUUCACCUGAAGAUCUCAGGCAGGUAAACCUCUCCUCUGUGUUUGGCAUGUUGCCCGGACUGAAGACUGCAUUCAGCUAAAGAGGAGUUAAAAAGAUGGAAAUCAGAAUGAAAUCACAGCAGAAAGGAUUGAGAGACAGAUCCACAACUCCCUGUGGUGUCAAAAGUGGCACUGGGCAUUAUGCUUUCAGUAACAGCAAGUGUUGCUGACAGGCUGGUUGGCUGCUGGCUGGAGAGGGACAGUCUGCCAGUCUGCAGCAGAUCCAGACCUCACGCACUGUUCACGUCUGCAGCAGGACAUCAGACAACACAGCUGCCCCACAAUCCUGUGCGUAUCCAUACAGGGCACACGCAACCAAUAACUGCAUGAUGUUUUUACAGAGAAUGAAAGAUUUUUUUACAACCCUCCUCAUUGUCACAGUGUCCACCUUUUGUUCUCUGUUUUAGCACAUGCUUUGCGAAGGGCAGGAUCUGCCUCUGAGAUGUGGGUUCAUCUGACUAUGCAAUAUAAAGAAAUUAAUAUUUAACAGAGAAGAAGAGAAGCGGCAUCAACAUGGGACGUCUUGGUUAUUUUUACCAUGGCAAAAAAGACUUCUGUUUCCUGUAAUAUAUUUGAGUCAUUUGUGUUUUUAUUUAAUCUAUUUAUUUUAUUUAACUAUCUUCAAAUUUAUUUUUAUACUUAAAGAAAGCUGUCCUGUAAUUUACAGACAUACCUACAGAUUUCGGAUAUAAUGAUGAAUUUGUCUUUUUCUUGAUUGCUCUGAUAUUUUUAAGUCAAUAAUUUGUAAACUAUGUUAAUCAUUAGUUAUCUUCCUGUCAGUCUGCUCAAACUCUGCUAAGCAUUUUUGCUAUUUAGUUUUUCUCUCUUGACAGUCUUGGCUAAAAGAGGUCCGCCCUUGGUGUUUUUUUGGAUUGAUGAGUGGCAUUAGCAGCCAGGUGCUGCUAAACAGAUAUAAUCAUUGACUUAUCUUGUUUUUUUUUUGCAUACAAGUCUGUAUUAACAACACCAAGGUGGAGAAAAAAUAGCAAUGAUCUUAAAAAAGAAACUCUUGCUGCAUAUUAAUCUGGAAAA